GUUCUGUGCAACAUUUAGUUUCAUUCGGAUUAGGAGGAUUUUUGGUUGUUGUUGUAAAACUUAUUCAUCGCAUCAUGAAGCUUUUGAUCCUCGCUCUGUGCACAGCCCUCGCUUCGGCGGGUAAUCUCGGUGGGGAAUUCCACGAUCAUGGGCAUGGUGGGUAUGCCAGUGGACAUGGCUAUGCCAGUGGUCAUGGACUUGGACACGGUAGUGCUCUCCUUGAUCAUGGACAUGGGCACGGAUUCGGCGGUUCUGGACAUGGAGACUCCUACUUGAGUGCCUACAACAGCUUCCACGGAGGCCAUGAUGCUGGACACGGAUUGGGUCAUGGUUUGGGUCAUGGUCUGGGUGGCCAUGGAUUGGCUCAUGAUGCUGGUUUUGGAACUGGCCAUGGUGCUGGUUUCGGAAAUGGUCAUUCUACUGGUGAGGUCGUUGUUCACCGUCAAGUCUCCGUUCCAGUUCGCGUCCGUGUUCCUGUGGUCAGCCACCCCGUUCCAGUGCCAGUAGAUCGCCCAGUUGACCGCCCAGUACCAGUUCCAGUUAAGGUUCCAGUACCACAACCCUACGAGGUUGUGCGCCAUGUUCCAGUUCCAGUUAAGGAAUACGUCAGGGUGCCAGUUCCAGUUGAGCGCAAGGUUCCCGUCCCCGUGCACGUUAAGGUCCCAGUUCCAGUUAAGGAAUACGUCCGCGUUCCAGUUCCAGUUGAGCGCAAGGUGCCAGUUCCUGUGCAAGUCCGUGUACCCGUGAGGGUUCCAGUCCCAGUUGACCGUCCCGUCUACGUUCCCGUCCACCACGAAGCCCACCACGGCUACGCUGAUCACGGUUUCCACGGAUACGCCAACGGACACAGCGGUCUGGGCUACAGCGCUGGCCAUGGACAUGCCGCCAUUGAAAUUGAUGCCACCCACGAUGCUCACCAUGCCUCCUUCCACAAUGCUCAUGCUGGACAUGGUCUUCACACCUCCUACAGUGCUCCAGCCUUCCACAACUCCCACGCUCACGGUGGCUACAACUACGCCCCCGCCCACACCUACGGCCACGGCUGGUAGAGACUGCCCGCGAGAAAAGUACCUAAAUACUUCAGAGAUGCCAUCAAGAUCGCUUCCAGUUUACAACAUAAAACUCGAUGCGAUCGUAGCCCAAUUUACCAAACAAAAUCUCUAUGUUAAAAAAAAAUCUUUUCUACUGAAAAUAAAAACAAGACUCUUUAAA